CAAAAGAGUACAAGUUGAUGAAAGCGCAGUACUAUAUCAUCAAGCCCUGCAAAGUGCAAAAUGAAAAUGCGAUAGCAGGCGGACAAUGAUUUUUGAUUUCGUUUUCAUGUGGCACUGUCACUGAAGAUGUGUUCUACCUUUAUUUUGAAACAGCAAGAAGUAGUUGCAAGUUCUAGCCCGGGCGCUUGCGCACCUCGCCGCUCUGACUUCGGUUUUUUUUUCGAUAGACAUGUGCUGGGUCGAAGACAAGUUGUAGGUACAGUUUUAUCCUCCUGUGAUGGCUGAUGAUGUCGCACGGAUAGGCCUAUGCGUCGUAGUAUAGUUCUUCUUGUGUGCUGCCCUGCUGGAAUGGAACUCUUCCUGUAUGCUGCAGUGUUUUCCUCUACUGAACGGCUUUCGUCGUUUUCUACAACAAAAACGCAGGUCCUCUUCAACAUCCUUUCGGGUAUUUCUAGCCAAUAGUUCUGGAGCGCACACCAUAAUUAACUGUUUGAAUAUCUAGCGCGGGAAUCCACCGGAAGAUCGCUUUCGUGUUAUUCCACUUCGCGUCGUCCCCCGAUCAAAUUGAUAUACUCUGCUCCAUUGACAACUCAGUGUAAAUAUAAACAAAAGAACAUUUUUUUAAGACAAUGUCGUGACACAGCGGCCGCGGAACUAGUACUAGGUAGACUGAAAAAUAAAAUCUCUAGACAACGGUCAUCGAGAAAAAUUAUGUCGUCCUUUGAAACUCCGUUGUUACAAACGACUUCCUCAAAUAACGAUAGUAGCCUUGUUCUCUCAAAACCCACUACCCUGAUGUCCUCUACCCCGCCGAACAAUAACAUAGGGAGUACAGCGCCCUCAAAGGUCCUCGUUGACGCGACGAAAAUUACCACGUUCGCCGAGUUUUACCCGUACUACCUAACGGAACAUAGGAAACCGCUGACCAAGGUGCUGCACUGUGUCGGGACGCUGUUUGCCAUCCCCUUCGGGGCCACGUUGCUGUACUACUUGGCCUUCACGGUGGUCCUCUUGACCUACUACGCACUGCUGUUCGCUCUUUCCCUCGGGCGCUCGGAUUCCCUGCGGAAGUUUUUGCAGCCGGCAACGGUGGAAAACGACAACGAAAAUUACCACCUCGACUGCUUCCUCUCGAUGAUCGGGCAAAACGCUUUGAAAGCGGCCCUGUGCGGGUACAGCUUCGCCUGGGGCGCGCACUUCUUCGUGGAACAGAACAAACCGGUCACUCUGAAAUCGCUGCGGUGUGCGGUUUAUCCUUUGCAAAAGUAUCGCACUCAUACAAAUUGCAGUCAAGCAUGACAAAUCAGGUUUUCUAUGUGAAUCAGCAUGAGAAAUUCCAAUUUUUUUCUUGGCAAAAUCUGUCAUGCAAUUUCUGCUAGUGCGGUGCAGUGCUUUCUUUGCUUUUGCAAUGCAUACGGUUUUCUCCCUGUUGGGAGACUGCAGAAUGUGCUUCGAAUGCUUGGUUCUCGGUAAGCACGACCUGCGAUUCUGGAAAGAUUUCGUCGGUGCGGGAGGGCGGGUGUCAAAAGACGACGACUGAAGAUGUUAAGUGCUAGUACAACUAAUGUAUAAAAAAUAAAACCACAGAAAUCAUACGUUGGUGGAAAUUUUGCUGCAAGUAUCGCAAUAGUGCUAAGUAGACACCCGCCAACAAAUUUCGCUGUGCAGGAGUUUUACAUCUUUUAAUUUCGUCGAUCUGCUUCUGAAUGACAGGUUGCUAGAACAGGAAGCGGACCCGUACAAUAGCAAGAAUGCAGCAGCUAAUGCCACCAGACGACUCUUCCUGUCGCUUUCCUUUCGCUGCUUGAUGUUUCUGCUACUUGUAGGAUGAAAUGAUCAUAAUCGUUUAAAGCAUGAUCGAUGCGAAUGAAUGUUUCUGCUCGACGACGUGAUGGAAAAAUAAAUGAGG